UGCCACAUCAGUUGCGGUGCCACAUCAGCAGGUCACGACAGUGCAGUAUCACUUCAGCAGUGCCACGUCAGCAGUACCACGUCAUUGACACCGUACACCUAACUGCAGCUUAUGCUCCGACGCAGCAACCGCAUUGCAGCACGGGAAGGGUGGGCAGCCGCAGCAGAACAGCAGCUACCUCUGCCCCACCGCUCUGAAAUGGACACCCAGGGCAACCCCACGGUGGACAAUGCCGCAUCCGGCAGUCCACGGGAGGCGUGCAGUUUGAACCCCCCGGGCCCACAGGCCCAACAGGAGGGUUCCACUGCGACUUCGGUGGGAACCAUCAACGCUGCACCAGUCCGGCAGCAAGGAGAGACCAUGACGGCUUUCCUGGCCCGCCUGGGCACCUAUAUGCAGCAAGUCCAAGAGGAGCAGCAACGAGAGGCGGCAGCCGAACCAGCACGCCUUAAUGCCAUUGCACGCGCAGAAGAGCAACGAAGCCGGCAGCAAGCUGACGCAGCUGCCAACCACAACCAAGCUCGAAGAGAUGCCGCGUCUGUCCUCAUGCAGCAGGAAGCCGCUCAUACCGCCGCAUUCCAAGCAUGGCAUGUUGAUCCGGCGGAAGCGACGGAACCAACUACAGAGGACCAGACUAUGUCAGCUCUCGCCAGCAUGAUGCACCAAGUCAUCCUCACUUAUAACUGGCAACAAGUGGAGCUGGCCCGGCAGGCACGUACCAUAACUGAGUACGAGGAGACUCUCAAGAGCCUCCACGCCCGCCUUGACAUGCUGGAGAAGGAUGACGUGCCGCACAGGCACACGGCAUCGUCAAGCAUUGAUCCAUCGAUCCGGGAGUUGGAAGGACGGCUGGAUCACCUAGUUGUGAUGAUCGGCAACUUGAACAGUUUCCGACACCCGACGACCAUCAGCCAGCAAAUAGCCUCCCUACAAGCGAAUCUGUGUCAAUGGCAGCAGCAACCAACUGGGACCUGCAACAAUGUGACGUCGAAACAAUUCAAGAUGCCGAAGUUCAACAUCGACAAAUUUGAUGACUACCACAAGGCGGACCCCAUCAGUUGGUGGCAAGGGUUUACCAAUGAGCUCUCCAUCCACAUGGUCCCGCCCGAGUCGAAGAUCUCAGCGCUUUACCUCUGCAGCACCGGUGCCAGCCAAGUGUGGCUCAACCACCUGGCUCAAACCGAGGGCGUCAAAGUCUCUAAGCUUCACACCAAGAUCACUUGGGAGGCCAUAACUGAGAAGUGGCGGACGAUGCUCAAGGCAAAGGCGUGAACCGGAUCUUCAGCAUGCAUCAAGGCAGCCAGCCAACACGCGAAUGGCUAGCCGAGU